UUCUUAAUAUACUCUUUUGUUGGGAUAUGUCAAUGCUUUUUUUAUUUUAUAAAUUUAUCAUUUUAUUUUAAUUUUAUUCUAUCUUUAUUAAUUAAAUUCAGUCUAUCAUUUUUUUAUCAUCCUUCAUUAAAUUCAAUUUUAGCCUUGCAUGCACUCUUCUUUUUCGUUCUUUUUUUUUUUCCAUCUAAUUAAUCAAACUUUAAUUACAAUUUUUUAUUUAAAAGAUAUAUUUACUAAUUUAUAAUGAUUUUAAUUUUUUUUUAAAUUCCACUAUGGUAUGUCUAUCAAAUUUUUUUUAUUAUUUAAUAAAAAUUUAAUUUUAAAUCUUAUAUAAAUAAAAAUACUUUAAUAAAAUACAUUAUAACCCACCAUUUUUUACCAUCCUUUAUUAAAUCUAUAUAUAUUAAAGCAGAAACAAUUCAAGGAAAAUAUAUCACGUCACUCUUACACGUCUUUCUUAAUAUGCUCUUUUGUUGAUAUAUGCCAAUACUUUCUUUAAGGCUUAAGUAUUGGAAAAGGACCCUAAUUGUUAUUAAAUUCUCAAUUGAGAUCCUCAACAUUUAUUGCACUCAAUUAAGGUCUUAAACUCAUAUAAACUCUCAAAUUAAGAUCCAAUUAGAUGGAAUCUUAACAUCCGUCAAUUCUCACUUGAUUGUCCGUUCGCAUGCCAACUAUACCCAUAAGGCUGAUUGUAAAAAAAUUAUAUUCCUACGUGGCAUGUGUGAUCCCAUGGCUCCUUUUUCUCCCAUCUCUCUUCUUCUUUCCUAUUUCACGAUUUGGGGGUGAAAUCCCUGAAUUUUCAAUCCACCUCUCUCCCUGCAAGAUCUUCUUCUCCACCCAAUAGUAGCCUACCCAAUCCUUGGAACUUCUCUGCCCAACAGCCUACCUCUCCCUGCAAGAUCUUUUAAGGCUCUAUGCAGACAUACUUUCAUUUCAACUGAAUUCCCUCAAAAUUAUGGAUGACUUCUUCAUUUUUGUUUCUGGGUUUUGCUAAGCCUGAGCCGCUCUGUUUUGGGGCUGUUCUUGGUGGCGAGAUGGAGUUUGGUGGCCUCGUAGAAUUGUUCCUUGACUUGCCAGCAAUUCGUUGAUGUCGAGAAUGAGGUUGGAAGAGAGAGGAGUGAAGAGGGAGUGAAAUAAAGAGUGAAGGUGAGAUCUGAGUGGCUCAGGAAUGAGGUUGCUGGUCAUGGAGCGGAAGAGCAUCAUGGUUCCGGUAAAGGAGGCAGAGGUGGAGAGCAAUGUUGAUGCAGAUUGGGCAUGUCUGAAAGGGAAAACUUGACAGCCAUUUCUGAAUUGAUAUUUGAGAAAUUGGUUGUGAAGAAACUGGGGUUGAAUCUUGUGUUUUCAUCUUAGUGUCUCUCUGCCACUAAUAGAAGCCCACUCGAUGACCACAGAAGCACCCACAACUAAUCCCGUCUCCAUCACUUUGAAUUUAAUCUUUAUAGUAAUGCUAGUUUAGGCUUGAUUACUGCAAAGAAAGGAAACAAAAAAUUGUUCUUCUUUUCCUCAGAUUGUUGCAGAAUUUUUUUCUACAGUCUAGUGUUGUCUAGUGCUCAUUGUUUUUUUGAUUUGGUAUAAGUGAUAUGUUUGAAAAUCGUAUUAGGAUAAUGGUUGAAUGGCUUCUUUUGCGAUGUUAUAGGAUAAUGGUCAUGAUUGUUUUAGGUAAAUGGUGAUUAUGUGUUUGUAUAUUAGCCAUUAUGGAAAUGGCCGUUUGAUUGUAAUCCAUUCAAUGCUAGCAAUGAAAAUUAUGUCCAUUG